ACCUAGUUGGUCUUUUUACUGUCUAUACUCGCAUUUCCUUGAACGCUGUCGACUUUGACAUUUUCUGUAGAGCGACGUGGAGAACGAUAGGCUAAUCACAGGAUAGUGACUGCAAAUAUAUUCGGAAUACUUUUUUUUUAGAAAGUACUUGCAUUAUGGACAUUCUUGACGUGUUGCCCUCAAAUUUCGGCCUUGUUAUCUUCACGUACUUGUACAGUUGGAUCAUGUUGGCUUACCUUGCUGUAAAGGUUGGGUCUGCGAGAAAGAAAUUUGACGUGAAGUAUCCAACUAUGUACAGUGACAAGGAGCCGGUGUUUAACUGCAUCCAGAGAGCACACCAGAAUACCCUGGAGGUAUACCCUCAGUGGCUUGUCUUUCAGACCAUUGCAGGGCUGAUCUAUCCUGUUGCUGCCUCGGUAUUGGGUGCCAUCUGGGUGACCAGUAGGUUCUCAUAUGCUUGGGGUUACUACACGGGAGAUCCAUCAAAGAGGAUGCGUGGUGUUUAUGGCUACGUUGGAUACCUUGGAGUCAUCAUUCUCUCAAUUUCAAUUGCUUUGCAACUUCUAAAAGUGUUGUGAACAUGUACAAAAUAUAUCUUUGUUAUUGUCAUGGCACACAGCUAGGUGAAAACAAUCAUUUUGCUGCAAUAAACAUUGCUGCACAUGUUAUCUAUUUAGUUGUCUCAACUGUGAAAACGAUUUGUCUGCAUAAUGCACUGGUCUUAGUAAAUUGCUAAUCUAAAAGACAACUAUUGUUCCUCAUCCGUUACAUUGGACUUCAGAAGAACAUUCCGGGUUUGUACAUCAUAAACUCCAUCAGUCUGUGGCUUUAGCAAUUAGCUGCAUUCAUAUUUUACAUAUCUUUGUUUGUUUACUACUGAAAAUAUGCUAGUUAAAACACAGAUACAAAACAAUGUGAGUUUAUACAACCAUAGAUUUAACAGGUAUAACAGAUAACUCAAUACAAGUCUUUUUUUAUGUAUAGGUAGAGUGGUCAUUGUGCGAAGAUGUUUAUAUAAAUGUAUUCUGAUUAUGUGGCACAAACCCAAAAUGACCUUUAAUGUUUUUUGGUUUACUGUCAUAUGCCAUCAUGUAUCCUAAUGUCUGAAAAUGAAAGUAUGCAAUCAUAACAUUAAAAUAUAUCAUGCCAUUGAGUUGAUAUUCACAUUUAUUUGAUACCACAUAGCAAUUUAUAUCCUCUCAAAAUCUCUCUUAGGGCUAGUGUUUGAGCAAUAAAGUAUUUUAUAUUCUAUUA